ACAGAUCAUUAAUAUCAGUAUUAUUUCAGGAUGGUUACUAUAAACAUACUCAACUUUGUAGUUGCACUUGCGCUUUUGACGGACUUGUAUUCUUCCAAUGAAAUCAAAGAGUGCAAAGAAGCUAAAGAUAUUCCCGGGAAUAACUACCGGGGUACAGUGAAUACUACGAUAUCAGGUCUAACUUGUCAAAAAUGGGACGAAAAAACACCGAAUAACCACGAUGUAAAUCACAAAGAAUAUCCAGAUUCUGGAUUGGGAGGCGGCCAUAAUUACUGUCGAGGUCCUACAAAAUCUACUUUUUUCUUUCCUGACGGGCCAUGGUGCUAUAACGGGGAGGGAAAAGAACCGCCGUACGAAUACUGCGACAUUCCUACUUGCGAGGAAUCAUACUUCCAAAAACGGGCAAUUAAGUCUACCUCGGCCAAACCGACAACCUGGAGUAUAGCAACGACUUAUAUGCCAACAGGCCGCACAGAGCAGUCUGGAGGCCAACUUAGUCGAAGCGUUACCCGCCAUCUUUCAUAUACCACACAUCGUCCAACCUUUUCACCCUCCACACCAGCUCCGACAACUCAGCCGCGCGGGAAAGAAGGUUUUGAAAAAAAGCGUAUGGGAGUAGGUACAGAAAUUUUCUUUAUGGUAUUCCACAUAUUUAACCUGGUCCUGACAGCUAUUGUAAACCCAGUCUUCAUCCUCAUCGUGGUAACCAGGAUAAAUCUAAGGAAGGAUCCCUCCGUGAUCCCCCUCUUGGUAGCAUGCAUUGUAGCAUUAGUUAAUUUGGGGACUAACUGGGGGUUUUACAUGGGAAUCAAGAAGGGCUUUACCUGGUUGUAUAAAAACAACAGAGACCUUUGUUGGUUCACGGAUGCUGUUUCGGAUAAGAUCUCCAUGUUUCAAGUUGUGUGUUAUGCAAUCGUUACUCUAGAGGCAGCCUAUGCGAUGCAAUACCCCAUGAAUUACAAAAGAUCGAGCUGGAGAACAUUCUGGACUAUCAUAGGAGCCCUCUUUGUGGACCUCUUGCUGCUGGCAGCCCAGAUAUAUUUCUACUAUUUCUGGACAAAUACACCUGAUUUAAUCACCAGUUUUAUAGAGAAACUAGGUGGGGAGUCAUAUGGUAUUUUUCGGUAUAAAGAUAAUGUCCUGAGAAGAGAGAAAACAUUUGGUUGGCAUUUCUACUUCAUGCGUUGUGAAAGAUAUCAUAUGCCUGGAUCGUGGGACUAUUUGCUGAAUAUUCUGUUGGGAUUGGUACCCUGCCUCUGGGGUCUUGUUUGCAUGACUUACACCCUCGCCCAAGCAUUCAACCCUCGUCGCAAGCGAAGGAACUUUAUUGCUGCAGUUUCAGGCAAAUACAACUUCACGGUAGAAAAUCUGGAAGAUGACGAAAACCGAGCAAAAAGUGUUGCUUUGAUUACUAUGGUCUGUUCAAUAGUCCCGGCUCUUAUGUACAUUAUAUACUUCAUGAUUUAUCUAAACCCUGAUUCUGAGGACACGUUGCUAUACAUUUUCGGUGUGGAUGGGUUUUAUUGGUUUCAGGAAGUGCUCAAGCGUUCAUGCCUUCUGACCUCCUGGCUUCCGGCUCUUAUAUCCCUAUUCCUUAACCCGAGUAUUGCAAGAGCGAUGAUGGGACUGUUAAGAUUCAGCAGAAAGAAGGAAGUGGAGAAAACUGGGUCAGUGUAGACUGGAGAAUGCACUAAGGAGAUGGCUGGGAAUUCUCCUUAAAGCGGAGAUAUAGACAAUAAUCAUAAUAGUAAAUUAGUAAGUAAUGAUAAAUCAUAACUAAUUUAAGUUUAACCUAAUUAAUAUUAAAAUAUUUAAUACUAUCACCUCAUUACCUAAUAUAUUUACUUCAUAACGUGAGCCGUCAUUAUUAUUUGACGGGUUUCAAAUCUCAAAUGACAAGACCUACCUACCUAUUGAACCUAUUGAGAGGUUUAGAAGUAGGCAUCUUCACGGCCAUCGCGCGAUCUGCGGACCACCUCCUUGACUGCACCAGUCUAUUAUCGAGUUAGAGUUUUCUGCACUGUAUCCAGGAGUAGGGGGCUUGUCUGGAAGGGUGUCUAGGAAGUUUCCAAGAGAUGUCUUGAAGCUUGUCAAAGUCCUUUGAGUAUUGACAAUUUUGGGGAGAACAUUACAGAGUCUUCCAGCUCUCACUGCGAAUGAGUGGUCGUAGGUGGAGCGUGCAGCAACUGAUGCUUUUUUUGUGAGAGAAGGGAGUAUAACUUUUACUCCCAGUCUGGCAUUCUCUCUGAACUGUACAUCAAGGUCAUUUGGACAUAUACCCUGGAGAACUUUCCACAGAUGUAUGAUGGUGUAGCGUUCUCGGCGUCUUGGCAGUGAUGUAAGUUUCAGUUCCUUCAGUCUAUUCCAAUAAUCGGUGUCUUUGAGCCCUCGAAUCCGUCUAGUGAACUGGCGUUGUAUGCUCUCGAUAGACUGGAUAUCAUAGAUCUUGUUUGGAUUCCAAAGCGAGCAGCAGUACUCCACUCUGGACCUUAUCAGGGAUUUGUAGAGCUGGAGCAUAACAGGUGGUGUCCUGUCUUUGAAUACUCCAAGAACCCAAGAUGCCAUCUGACGUGCCUUGGCCUUGUCAACCAUGAUAUUGAUAUGUGGAGUCCAGGAGUAAUCAUCGGACAUGUUGACUACUAGGUCACGCUCUUAUGGGCUUCUUUCUAUGACUGAUCCAUUUGGAGUGGUGUAGUUUGUGAUGUCACUCAUAAAUGGCAGCUCCUCUGAAAGUGAUUUAGAGGCCGGUGUUCUAUAGCAAACAAGUCCAAACUUGUUUUCGUGCAGUUUCAUGUUUUUGUCCUUGGACCAACGUAUGAUUUUGUUUAGAUCUUCUUGAAGAAGAUUGCAGUCGUUUAAAGUUGAUAUUUUUCUGCCUAUUCGGGUGUCAUCGGCAAAGCUGCUAAGUUUGGAAUCUUUCACGUACUGAUCUAGAUCGUUGACAUAAACUUAAAGAAGAAAGAGGAUUGGACCAAGUACAGUCCCCUGCGGUACUCCACUGAUAACCGGCAUUGGCCUAGGAUUUUUUCCAUUAACAAUGACCAUUUGAGUCCUAUCAAGGAGGAAUUGUUCAAUCCAUUUGUACAGAUUACCUUGUAUUCCAUACGACUAACCUUUUUGAGAAGUAGGGAAUGAUCUACCUUGUCGAAGGCUUUAGCGUAAUCAAGGUAUAUCACGUCUGUUUCGGAGCUGUCUCAGUCUAGGUAGUUGUUUAGGAUGUAAUCCAUGUGUUGUAAUAACUGUGUAAGACAGCUUCUACCUUUCCGGAAACCGUGUUGUUUCUUAGAAAAUAUGUGAUUCGAUUCCAAGUGCUCUACCAUGUUCUUUCUUAGUACCCUCUCAAACACUUUUAUCGUAUCCGGGAAGUUAACGAGAUAGGUCUAUAAUUUCCCGGGUCUGUUUUGUUUCCUUUUUAAACACUGGCAUGAUAUAUUGUUCCUUAUAGACUGAAGGAACUUGACUAUUUCUGAAGGAGUUCUCCCAAAUGAUCAUCAGGGCUUCUGAAAGCGGUUGUUUGCAAGCUUUCAGUAUCCUCGCUGGACUGUCCCCAUCAGAUGUUGCUGAGUCAGCAUCAAUUUCAUCAAUAGCUGUGAUGAGGUCCUCUUUACUAAAGUUGAAUGAUGUUAACUUUUCUGAGGGCGAUUUUAUAUUGCUGGUUGUGUAUUUUUUCUUCUCGCUGUCAGGGUCACUAACUAACAAUGAAUAAUUGAAUCUGCUCUAAUAUAUAUCUGAACGAAGCCACCGGGUAGUCAGGUGGUCUGUAGACUGUGUCAAAUGACAAGACUCCCAUUAUUAUUCCAUCCUUUA